AUGCGUGUCGGUGUUUUGAGGGGAAAUGGCAUUGGCCCGGAGAUCACUGCUGCUACUCAGCAUGUGCUAGAAGCCACAGGCCUGCCGCUUGAGUGGGUUGACAUUGCGAUCGCAGACGAAGCCAUUGCCGCACAUGGCCACCCGCUACCUCCUGAGACGGUCAAACAACUAAGCGAUGUCAAGCUUAGCAUCAAGGCGCCUCUUAUCGUCAACAAACUCCAAGGCCGCAUCUCAUGUGUCCAGCCAGACGGGACUUCACAGACAUAUCCUUCAUUGAACAAUGCGAUCCGACGGGAACUGCGCCUCUUCGUCAACCCACGUCCUAUUCGAGGCUUCCCAGGGAUUUCCGGACGCCACGAGAAGCUCGAUGUCAUCAUCAUGAGGGAGGUCACGGAGGACGUAUACAUCGGGCACGAGCAUCAGAUAGGCGACGAUAUCGCAGCCGAAGCCAUCAAGUUGACGACCCGCGCAGCUGCCACCAAGGUUGCCAAAUAUUCCUUCGGCUACGCUCGCAAGCACGGCCGCAAACGAGUCACCUGCCUACACAAGGCCAACGUUCUCAACUUCACUGACGGCCUCUUCUUUCGAUGCUUCCAGGAAGUCAGCAAGGACUAUCCCGAGAUCGAGGCGGACGACAUGAUGAUCGAUGCGGCAUGCUACACUAUCGUCCGCGAUCCUUUGCGCUUCGACGUCAUUGUCACCUCGAAUCAGUAUGGCGAUAUAUUCUCUGACCUGGCUGCCGGGCUGGUCGGGUCUCUUGGCCUGGCCCCAGGUGCCAACAUUGGCGACAACGCCUCCACGUUCGAAGCCAGCCACGGCGCGGCUCCGGAUAUCGCAGGGAAGGGGAUCGCUAACCCGCUUGCCUUAAUCUUGAGCGGCGCGGAGCUGCUGGACGCUGCCAAUCAGCCCAAGGAGGCCAAGGCUGUGCGCGAUGCCGUGCGGAAUGUGGUGGAAGCUAGGACGGUGCUGACACCGGAUCUGGGAGGCUCAGGGACGACCGAUUCGCUUGCGGCUGCGGUGGCUGUGGAGGUGAAGAAAAUGCUUGCCUAG